AUGCCCAUAUUACAGUCAAAGUCAAUCUACCAUGGGUUGCCAGUUUUCCCACAGGAAACAAAGGGUUUUACGGCUAUCGUGACCGGCGCAAACGGAAUUUCUGGAGAUCAUAUGUCUCCAGACAUUUUGGCCAAGCAAAUGCGAGAAAGAGGCAUCAGUGCUGAAUACGUCUUCUUCUUCGCCUAUAUCCAGCCAAAACCAAAAGAUGGCGGAAAUAUUUGGAGUGCGGCCGAGGAUCUUGUUACAAUCAACAAAUCGCUCCUUGUCAACUUCCUCGAGGCCCAGGCCCUGGCCAACUCACUGCCCCAGCGCAUACUUCUCCAACUAGGAGCCAAGUACUAUGGAGCGCACCUAGGUCCCACCAAACUGCCAAGCGAAGAAUCCGACCCACGGGUGUACUUGGAACCUAACUUUUACUAUGACCAGGAAGACUAUCUCAAGGAUUUUGCUGCAAAGCAUGGUAUUAGCUGGAACACCACACGCCCUGCUAACAUACCGGGUGCAGUUCCCGACGCAGCCAUGAAUCUUUGCUUUCCACUUGGCGUAUAUGCCGUUGUUCAGAAACAUUUGCGCCAACCACUAGAAUUCCCGUCCGACUUCGCAGCAUGGACAAAUAUACAAAUGCUCUCGAGCGCGCAAAUGAACUGCUAUCUGGCAGAAUGGGCUGUUUUAACCGAAGAUGCGAAAAAUGAAAGUUUCAACGCGACAGACGAUUACCCUUUUGCUUGGGAAAUGUUUUGGCCUAAAUUGGCUGCUUUCUACGGUAUUCAGUGGAAGGGGCCAGACGACAACGCAAGUCGUACAGAGUAUCAUGAGUUCCAGACUCCCUACACUCCACCUCCUAGGGGUUAUGGUCCUCCGGCAACAAUUCGGUUUAAAUUUACCCUGGCCGAAUGGGCGAAAAGGCCCGAGGUGCAAAAUGCGUGGAAGGAGAUUGUCGCUGAACACAAUCUUCGAAAUAUCGCGCUGGAAGAUGUGGAUCGAGUCUUUGGCUUUACUGACUUUGGGCUCUCGGUUUCAUACCCUGUAGUACAGAGUAUGGCAAAAGCGAAGAAGCUUGGAUUUUUCGGAUUUGUGGAUGCCUCGGAGACAAUUUACAGGACACUCGAAGAGUUUGUUGACUUGCACAUGUUGCCUCCGGGCCCAUCUGGAGUCGCUAGUUAA